AUGCCUCGCGACACUUUGCAAUGCACCCAUGACACAUUGCUCAUCAUCAUUGUUUGGACCUCGCUCCGCCAUGGCCAAGACUAUCGCUGCGACAACUGUCCGCCCACCUUUACCGGCAAAUCCUGCAACAACGAUGUCGAUGAGUGCACAGCCCUUGCGGAGCCAUGCAGUGGCCAUGGAUCCUGUACCAACACGUGGGGUGGAUAUCAGUGCACUUGUGACCUGGGCUAUACUGGCACAACCUGUGCCAACUCUUACUGUGACCAACACGCUUGUCAGAACGGGGCCACCUGUGUGCUCGCCUCCCAAGGGUACACCUGUACUUGCCCUGAAGAUUACGUUGGAACCAUGUGCGAGCAGCAUGUAGCCACGACCACGACCACGACCACGACCACGGCACGCCACACCUCACCCACUUUGAGUUCAACCUCUGUUGUUUCUCCAUCAGCCACGACGUUGACAACUGCCGCUCCUACUACGAGUGUUGCAGCCACAACCGUGCCUUCAUCGUCGGUCGCAACCACAUUUGGGGUAAGCACCACGGAUUCCAGUCUGCCGACCACUGAGCCUAUUGUAACCACAACGACGAGUACAACUACGACGAAUCGGCCCACCGCAGCGCCGUGCGGUGCACCCUGUGCUGCAUUGCGCUUUCAGCGUAGCAAUGUAGAUGAUGUAUCGGGUGGCGCCGGUGCUGUUGAGAUGGUGGAUAUGAAUGCCGACGGCCUUGUUGAUAUUCUCAGUGCUGCUGCCUUUGAUGCCAGCAUCUUGUGGUAUGCGAAUCUUGGCGGCCGCGCCGUCACACGUCCCCUCACAGUCUCCCAGUCUGCCCCGGGCGUGCUCGAUGCUCGUGCCCUGUUCCGAACAGAUCAUGCCUGGCCAGAUGUCGUCUCAGCCUCUCUCGUUACGGGCAACGUGGCACUCUAUCCACGCCUCAAUGCAACCACGUUUGGAGCGCCCACGGUCAUCCAAAGUGGCAUUCCCGGGGCCAGCAGCCUGACACCGGUAGAUCUCAACGAAGACGGGCGUACAGACCUGGUCGUGACGGACUUUCAGAGUGGCAACAUGACAUGGUACUUGCGCCAGGAGUCUGGAGCACUCAGCGCCGUCGCACACUCAUCUACCGGGCUUGGGCCUCUCGGAGCCGUCGAAGUCAAGCUGCUUUCAGACACUCGGAUCCAACUGGUCCAUUGCAACGUGUUAGAUAGCAGCAUUCAGCUUAGCCUCUUUGACAGCGCCAAUUUCAGCGUGACCACAGAGAACUUGAUCCAGGGGCACACGGGGGCUGCCGCCGUCGUUCGAGUGGGUGACGUCGAUGGCGACGGGCUUCCCGAUUUGGUAACGGGCAACUAUGACAACAACAGCAUCACCUGGUAUCGCCAAGGGGCUGCACACCAGUUUGAAGAUCCACGAGUGCUGGCGGAGUUGGUGUACGGUGUAAUGGACCUGGACCUGGCGGAUGUAGACGAUGAUGGCGAUUUGGAUGUGGUGAGCGCCAGCAACAACGCCAACACCGUGGCGGUGUUUCUGAAUCUGGGCGGCACUGCCGGAUUCACCGCCCCAUUUCUCUUGGAUACCAAUGCCGAAGGCGUUGAAGGGGUGCGGUUUAUGGACUUUGACAAGGACGGGAGCUUGGACGUUGUAGCGUCUUGUCGAGAGGCUGAAGUCAUUGCCAUUUACUGGAACCUGGCCCACGAUAAUGCCACGACAUCCUCAUCCUUUGCACCCAAUGGGACGCUUCCGUAUUGGAUUGACCUAACGGUGACGACCAACGCGAGCAUCAGCGCCGUGGAAUUGCAAGCGCUCUUGCAGCAGCUAUUGGUCGACCGCCUGCCUGAUGGCGUCUCCCCGCGAUCUGUCAGCGUCACUUUGAUCGACGAUGGCGACGGUCGUCGCCGUCGCUCGGAGGUUAACCAAGUGGAGCGAACUUUUGAUCUGCGCUUUGCGCUUUAUGACACUGUCAACGGCGCAUACGUGUCCGCUGCCGAUGCCCAUGUUGACACAGCUACGCUGCUCACCGACCUGCGGCGCGCCAUCUGGACAGUCAGCAACGGUGGGAAGGAACCUUGGUCUUCGAGCACGGUGCCAUUUAUGGCCACAGGCACCAAUCCCGUUGGCAAUGGCGGCGGCAGCGGCGAGAGCAGUGGGACGUCAAAGCAGGAGGUUGCACUCAUUGCCGGCCUGGUGGCCGCCAUGGUGUGCGGUGUGUUGUUAAUUACUUUGGUCAUCAUCAUGGUUCAGCGCAAGCGCGUGCAGCCGGCCCAACAGCCUGUCACGUCUCCAGGACUCGACUGGGGUGCUCGGCAUGGCGAUUCAAGCUUGUCAGGAAAGGGCAUGUUGAUUGACAACCCCAUGUACAAGCUGAGCGCCUCAUCCCGUUCGAGUGAACCUCAGCUCUCAGCAGUUACCAUCGCGCCCGACAAUGGGUACCUGGAGCCCUUUGUUCACAACAUUGGGAGUUAUGCUGAGCCCAUGGUGGCCGAGCAACCGCCCGAGUAUAGCUAUGCUGAUGUUGAGGCCACAGCAACUGCAACAGCUCCGCGCGUGUAUUAUUCGGCUCCCGAGGACCCGACAACCAUGGGUGAAUACAUGGUGCCGGGCGUGGAUCAAGCCAAUGAUAUGCCUCCGCUUAUUACUAGUGACACGACCAAGACGGGUGCCUUGUACGCGUCGGCCAAACCAUCCGGGUCUACCGUGGUGUCGCGAGCACGGCUGCCUGGUCGUCAGCAGCGACGUUCCUCACAUCUGUACGGCGCAACCAUGCACAUGGAUGCCGGCCAAGACUACGAGUUGCCUGGUACGACGCGUCUCAUCGGUUGGCAUGUGAAGGUGUUCAAAGCACGACGUGACGUGUAA